GGGCGAAAAAAAAAAAACGUUGUUGGUUCUGGAAAAAUGUCUUCAGUGCCUGAUGGCAAGAAAUUGGUUCGAAGCCCAAGUGGACUUCGAAUGGUCCCGGAGAAUGGAGCGUUUAACAGCCCUUUUUCGUUAGAUGAACCCCAGUGGGUCCCGGACAAAGAGGUAAGAGACUAUUGGAGAGGAAAUAACAAGAGGGCAACGCCGCUCGGACUUGACCCCCGGACUGGGCGUCGCAUACUGCUACUGGACAGUAGCCAGCUAACGUUACUUAUCUCAUGAUUGAUUGCAUGACAAAAGGCGUAUGUUUUUGUAUUUUUAUUUUACAUUUCGUUUUUUUUUAUUUUUUAUAACUUCCUAGCUACUUCAUUUGUCAUGUGUUGGUUUCGUUUUAACAAUGCUCAGCAAUUUGCAAGCUGUAAAUGUGAUUCCCUAAAAACACGCCACUUCGAUACAACUUCGUCGUGAAGUGACUUUUCGUAGAUAGGUUAGGAGAACAUUUUCGCAAACUCGCCUAACACUUUUCCUAACCUACUACGUUAAUUCUCCUAACCUGUUACGAAAAAGUCGCUUCGGGUCAUAGCUGUAUCGAAGUGGCGUGGUUUUAGGGAAUCAGCUGUAAAUGCCAAAGAGUUGCCUGUAGUGUUGUCGCUAACAAGUAGACAGUAACUAGUUGGCUAACUACAUUGUCAAGUAGCUAGCUGCUUUGCGUCAGGCUCUACCAAAAUACAGAACAGAAGUUGCCACAUGCAUCAGCAGGUCAUUGCUGUUCACAUGACUGCAAGUUCAUUUGAAAGUUUUUUUCUCUCGCCUUCUCUACGAGAUAAAUAAAGGUUAAAUAUAUAUAGAUAUAUAUAGAUAUAUUUGUUUGUUUUAACUAGGCAAGCCAGUUGAGAACAAAUUCUUAUUUACAAUGACGGGCUGGGAUUAAAAAAACAAAUAUAGGACACAACACUACAUAUAGAGAGACCUAAGACAACCACCUAGCAUGGCAGCAACACAUGACGACACAGCAUGGUAGCAGCACAACAUGACAACACCGCAUGGUAGCAACAUGACAACAACAUGGUAGCAACACAACAUGGCAGCAGCACAACAUGGUACAAACAUUAUUGGGCACAGACAACAACAGCACAAAGGGCAAGGUAGAGACAACAAUACAUCACGCGAAGCAGCCACAACUGUCAGUAAGAGUGUCCAUGAUUGAGUCUUUGAAUGAAGAGAUGGAGAUAAAACUGUCCAGUUUGAGUGUUUUUUGCGUCUUGUUCCAGUCGCUAGCUGCCGCGAACUGAAAAGAGGAGCGACCCAUGGAUGUGUGUGCUUUGGGGACCUUUAACAGAAUGUGACUGGGUGUUGUAUGAUGUAUACAUGCCGAUAAUGGUCCACAUGCAUCAUGAUCUAAGCUGGGCAGCCGCCAGUGGGCUCGAUGUGCACAGCCGGUAAUACGCUCGUGUCCACCGGCGUCCGGUUCGUACACAAGACAUUUUUCAUUCAGGCUUCAAAGGCUUGGAUUUCCUCCUUAACUAGAUUUAAUGACGAGAAGGUGGAAAAAAACGGCGGAAAUAUGCGUACUUUGUUCAUGUUCACCCAUGACUGUGUGGCCACGCACGUCUCCAACUCAAUCAUCAAGUUUGUAGAUGACACAACAGUGGUAGGCCUGAUUACCAACAACGACGAGACCGCCUACAGUGAGGAGGUGAGGGCCCUGGCAGAGUGGUGCAAGUAAAAUAACCUCUCCCUCAAUGUCAACAAAACGAAGGAGCUGAUCGUGGACUUCAGGAGACAGCAGAGGGAGCACACCCCCAUCCACAUAGAUGGGGCCGCAGUGGAGAAGGUGAAAAGUUCCUCUGCGUGCACAUCACUGACAACGUGAAAUGGUCCAUCCACACAGGCAGUGUGGUGAAGAAGGCGCAACAGCGCCUCUUCAACUUCAGGAGGCUGAAGAAAUUUGGCUUGGCCCCUAAGACCCGCACAAACGUCUACAGAUGCACCAUUGAGAGCAUUCUGUUGGGCUGUAUCACCGCCUGGUACGGCAACUGCACCGUCCGCAACCACAGGGCUCUCUAGUGGGUGGUGCGGUCAGCCCAACACAUCACCGGGGGCCACUGCCUGCCCUCCACAACACCCUACAGCACCCGGUGUCACAGGAAGGCCAAGUAGAUCAUCAAGGACCUGAGCCAUACUGUUUUACCCACUUCAAAUGUGUAUAUAGUGUAUUCUAGUCAAGGCUCAUCCUAUAUAACUACUGCUGUACACAACUUUUCUAUUCAUAUAUUAUCCAUAAUGUUUAUACACACCAUCAUUUACACUGAACAAAAAUUUUUAACGCAAUAUGUAAAGUGUUGGUUUCAUGAGCUGAAAUAAAAUAUCCCAGAAAUGUUCCAUACGCACAAAAAGCUUAUUUCUCUAAAACGUUGUGCACAAAUUUGUUUACAUCUCUGUUAGUGAGCAUUUCUCCUUUGCCAAUAUAAUCCAUCCACCUAACAGGUGUGGCAAAUGAAGAAGCUGAUUAAACAGAAUAAUCAUUACUCAGUUGCAUCUUGUGCUGGGGACAAUAAAAGACCACUUUAAAAUGUGCAGUUUUGUCACACAACACAAUGCCACAGAUGUCUCAAGUUUUGAGGGAGCGUGCAAUUGGCAUGCUGACUGCAGGAAUGUCCAACAGAGCUGUUGCCAGAUAAUGAAAUGUUCAUUUCUCUACCAUAAGCUGCCUCAAUGUAAUUUUAGAGAAUUUGUCAGUACGUCCAACUGGCCUCACAACCGCAGACCAUGUGUAACCAAGCCAGCCCAGGACCUCCACACAUUCCACAGGCCACAAUCAACAGCCUCAUCAACUCUAUGUGAAGGAGAUGUUGCACUGCAUUAGGCAAAUAGGGGCCGCACCAGAUACUGACUGGUUUUCUGAUCCACACCCCUACCAUUCUGUUUUUGAAGGUAUCUGUGACCAACAGAUGCAUAUCUGUAUUUCCAGUCAUGUGAAACCCAUAGAUUAGGGCCUAAUAUGCUGCUGCUACUCUGUGUAUUAUUUAUGCAUAGUCACUUUAACUCUACCCACAUGUACAUAUUACCUCGACUAGCCGGUGCCCCCGCACAUUGACUCUGUACCGGUACCCCCCUAUAUAUAGCCUCCCUACUGUUAUUUUAUUUUACUGCUGCUCUUUAGUUAUUAGCUUUUAUUUUUUGACUUAACACUUUAUUUUUUGUUUUUAAUUAUUCAUAUUUUUUUUCUAUUUUUUUAUUUAUUGUGUUUUAUUUAUUUAUUUAUUUAAAAAACUGCAUUGUUGGUUAAGGGCUUGUAAGUAAGCAUUUCACUGUAAUGUCUACACCUGUUGUAUACGGCGCAUGUGGCAAAUAAAAUUUGAUUUGAAUAAAUGUAUUUCAAUUGACUGAUUUUCUUUAUAUGAACUGUAUGUAACUCAGUAAAAUCUUUGAAAUUGUUGCAUUUUAUAUUUUUGUUCAGUGUACAUAUAUUUCUUAAUUUCUUUUAAUAUUUGGGAUUUGCGUGUAUUGUUAGGUAUUACUGCACUUUUGGAGCUAGGAACACUCGCGAUAACAUCUGCGGGAAUAUGUGUACACGACCAAUACAUUUUAUUUUUUUGCGAGUUGAUUUUCCACCACCAUGCUAGUGUCUUAAUGCGUAAGGAAUACUACUUCUUGAUGUUGCGCCCGGCAUUCAGCCAGGAGUAAACAACAGAUUGAUGCACAGGAGGUUGGUGGAACCUUAAUUGGGGAGGACGGGCUCAUGGUAAUGGCUGGAGCGGAAUUAGUGGAAUGGUAUCAAAUACAUCGAACACAUGGUUUCCAUGUGUUUGAUGCCAUUCCAUUUGUCCUCCCCCCAGCAGCCUCCACUGGACUGAAGCAACCUGAUUGGCUUAACGCGGGGCGCAACAUCAGAAAGUAGCAUUCCUAGGUAUUAUUUAGCCACUCUGGUACGGUGGUGGAAAAUUGUGUUUAAUAAAGAAACAUGCCGGGGGGGGGGAUUCUAACCUCUCGAAAUAACUGUUAAACUUAUCUAAGCGCCAGACGAGAAGGCAUCUACAUAUAGUGAUUGUGUGCGUCAAGGCAUUAUACCACGUGGACUCAGGUGGCAAAAAUAACCAUCAAUGGGACAACGCACAGAUGAUUUCUGUGAGCGCUGGUGUGCCAUCCUGAACAAAUGCUCUAUUGAUUUAAUGACAUUAAUUGUUGACCAGUUGAAAAAUGAUUUUAUUGAAAUGGUUACCACGAUUGAAGAGAAACGCACAGCUCUGCAAAGAGCUGUUAAUGAUGAUGGCAUAUUCAAUGAACUGAUGAAAACUAACCAAGCGCUCCAGGACAAGUUGUCUACAGAAAUAAAGGAGCUUAAAAUCAAGAAAUUCAGCCAAGACAAAAAAGAUAAGGCAGAGGACAAAGUCUGCUUCUGGAGAAACCCUGAAAAAAGAGGUCCUGCUCCUCCUCUCCAUGACAGAUGCAGGAGGGAGGCCGCUAACUUCUAUCCACUCCCGUCUGACCAACGCUCUACAACCAGCGCCUCAUCCGCUUCCAGUGCCAGUUGUUUUUAUCCAACGAGAGACUGGGCCGACGGAAGUGCGGAGGUGGCCGCGGUCACUCGUACCGACGAGAUGCCGUACCCGACGGGGUAAGAAGAAACGACUACCAGAGGCAGAGGGAACCGUUCACACGGUCCCAGAACCAACGGGACUGAGUGUCUUUAAUUUAUCAAGCAAGAUAUUGAGUCCUGCCCAUGUCUCCUUGCUUAAUAAAGGGUUAUAUUUUGUGCCUACAACUCAGUGCGACGAUUUCAAUGUUAAGGUAGAUAUGUUUACGUUUUUUAGAAACAUCCGUUAAAGGGAAUACUUUAGCUCCCCUAAUCGUGAUAUUUCAACUGAACAUGUAGGCUGCUCCCCUGCACAUACUCCGACUCCUUUCAGAAGUAAGACUUAUUUUGUACCUCCAGCCAAUCGCAAUCACUCUAUUGAAACAUAUUGCAGACUUGUUGAAAAAGAUGUUGGAAAUCUCCUUAAGAACAAACAGGAGUACAUAUCUUUCCAUAAUUUACCUAAGGAUGAAAAACAAGCUUUGCGUGAUUUACAAUCCGAUACGUCAGUCCUUACCUGCCUUGCUGAUAAGGGUGGGUCAGUUGUACUCAUGGAUAGGACAGUUUAUGUAAAUGAGUGUCAGACAACUACUUGACAACACCUUUUACAAAAAACUCAGAAGUGACCCCACUUCCCAAUUUCAGAACACUAUCUUUACUGUCCUAGAUGGGUAUUUAAGUUCUGGUCAAAUCACCAAAAAAGAACACAACUUUUUGGCUAUUCAACACCCUAAAAUUGCCACUUUCUAUGCUUUGCCGAAAUUACUCAAGAAUGUUACAAAACCUCCAGGACGCCCUAUUGUAGCGGGCAUUGAUGCAGUAACAUCCCCUUUAUCGACCUUUGUUGACUUUUUUAUUAGACCACUUGCAGAACAGCUCCCCUCCUUUGUAAAGGACACUAGCAGUAUGAUCUCUAUUAUUGAAUCUCUUGAUCCUCUCCCUGAUAAUACCUUGUUAGUUACUUUUGAUGUUGAGUCGUUAUACACAAAUAUUCCACACGAGGGCGGCAUUGAAACCAUGGAACAUUUUUCUUUUGCAACGUGACCCAAAUGAACUACCUUCCAGUGCAUGCAUUAUAACAUUGGCUGAAAUAGUACUCACACACAACUACUUAAUGUUUCUAAAUGAUUUCUUUAUUCAGACGAAGGGUACAGCUAUGGGAUACCCUAUGGCUCCUAACUAUGCUAAUUUGUAUGUGGGUUACAUGGAGAAAGUCAAUUUUCAAUCCUCUCAAAAAUGUUUUCUUGCCUAACAUUAUUAUUUCGAAACGGUACAUUGAUGUUAUUUUUGUUCUAUGGAGGGGUGAUUCAAAACAGCUCCAGGCAUUCCAUGCUUUUCUAAACUCUUGUUCUAAGCACCUGAGAUUUACUAUACAAUCUGACACACGUCAAAUCAGUUUCCUUGAUCUUCUGAUUUUGUUUGAGGAUAAUGUUCUAUACACUGAUCUUUACAGGAAACCUACUGAUCGUAACAGUUUGUUGAGGGCUGAUAGUUGUCACCCGCUUCCCUUGAUAAACAGUUUGCCCUACAGCCAAUUCUGUCGAAUCAAAAGAAUUUGCAAAAAACAAUCAGAUUUCGACAGAAAUAUGGCUGAGACGCAAAGAACAUUCAAGGAGAGGGGGUACAAAAAUGGUCAGAUUAAUACUGCCAUUGAGAAAAUUUAAAACAAAUCGAGACCUGAUCUCUUUCAAGGACAGUCUCGCAAAAAGAAGCAUUCUUGAGUUCUAACUGCACGCUAUUCAAAGUGCUCUGAACAAAUUAAGGGAAUCGUUCACAAACAUUGGCACAUUCUAAGAUCCGAUGAGAGUAUCGGUAAUGUGUUUUCGGACCCUCCCUUGGUCGUAUUCUCGUGGGGCAGAAAUCUCAGAGAUCAAUUGUUAAACUCUGAUUUACCACCCCUAAAUUUCACUGCAAAACAUCUAUUUGCGCCUCUACCGGAUGGAAACUAGUGUAAUGGCUGCGCUCAAUGCAAUGGCACUUACAAAUGUAGAUCCUUCAAACACCCCCAAACAGGGAAACCGAUCCCAAUCAAAGGUGUUAUUACGUGCUCCACUAAGGCAGUUAUUUAUCUUAUAACUUGGCCUUGUGGUAAAAAUUAUGUGGGUAAAACAAAGCGCGAAUUAAAAGUACCCAGUCGCUGCACACUUUUUGGAAGCGAACCACUCGAUUUCGUCCCUACGUUAUAUCGGCAUCGAACAUGUCACCCUCCCUAGGAGAGGGGGUGACCUCGAUAACUUAUUGUUAAAACGAGAAGCUGCCUGGAUCUUUAAUUUAAAGACCCUUGCUCCCAACGUAGACUUCGAUUUGAUGCCAUUGUUGUGAUUAUUGUGAUUUUGCUAUUCAUUGUAAAUGUUUGUGGGCCUAUGUAGCCAAGUUGUAUCUAUGAUCGUAUGCUAUCUAUUCAUGUUUUUUGUAUGUUCUGUUUAUCUGUGAAUUAACCAAUGAUAUCAGGCCACACCCGGCCAUGAUUACAGACACCUGUGUGUGUCCUUUGACACUAUAUAAAACUAGUGACCCGCAGUGUUUGUCAUUAUACCCUGAUGAAGACAGCUUGUCUGUAGAAACGUUAGUUAUUAAAUUAUUGCAUCUGAGCUCCUAGAGUGUGCGCCUCUCCUGUUCUUUUUCAAGUGUUCUACUCUGUUAGCCAGCACCUCGCCUAAAUAGGUGCGCGUUUCUUUCGCCUCCAUCAUAAAGAAAGUACAAAUUUUUUACCCACCUUCUCCCAAUUAAAUCAAGUUGAGGAAAUCGAAGCCUUUGCAGCCUUAAUGGAGAAUGUUUUAUGACCGAACUGGUCGCUGGGGGACACGAGUAUAUUACCUGGUGUGCACAUCAAGCCCAGACGAUAGUGGAGAUCCAUAAAGCCCACUAGUGGCUACCCAGGCUAAUCAUGAUCAAGACAUGGGUCCACAUUGGCAAUCACUUGAGUUGCUGUCAGUGAUGCUGCCCUUUUUGUGUCCGGUUUAGGGAGGCAGUGAGGCACUGGACUGCAAGAGAAUGUCAAAGGAAGAGAACAAUAGAGGCAGCGCGCUUGUGUGUGAGAAUGUGGGGGAUGGGCAUGGGUCAUAGCUGUGUAGUGAACCUUACAGUAAACCUGUCCAGCAGUUUGUCACAGCUUACUGCCUCUUCACCCAUGUGUGUUUGAAUGGUCACAGCAUCUUAAAGAUCAGUGUACAUGUGGUGGUAUUAAAACAGUCACAGUGUAAGGCUACCUCAUUGUCUGUGGGUAUGUUACUGUAAGCCUUAAGUUUGUGAUCGUCUUAGUGCAAAGGAGAGGUCUUUCGGUAAUCCAUUUAAACUGAAUCAGAUUGUUGUGUCCAUGUUUGAACUUGAGUGAACCAAAAGUAUUGGCUGAUGUCCUGUUCCUCUUUCAGUGCCCAAGCUGUAUGCAGUGUGACAAAAAAUAUGACUUCCUUACAAGAAAGGUUUGAUUUGCUUUACUAUGAUCCCAUAACAUAAUAUACAAUAUAAAUAUAAAAGUAUGUGGACACUCCUUCAAAUUAGUGGAUUCGGCUAGUUCAGGCACACCCGUUGCUGACGGGUGUAUAAAAUCGAGCACACAACCAUGCAAUCUCCAUAGACAAACACUGGCAGUAGAAUGGCCUUACUGAAGAGUUCAGUGACUUUCAAAGUGGCACGGUCAUAGGAUGCCACCUUUCCAACAAGCCAGUUCGUGAAAUUUCUGCCCUGCUAGAGCUGCCCCGGUCAACUGUAAGUGCUGUUAUUGUGAAGUGGAAACGUCUAGGAGCAACAACGGCUCAGCUGCGAAGUGGAAGGCCAAACAAGCUUACAGAACAGGACCACCGAGUGCUGAAGCAAAACAAAAUUCUGUCCUCGGUUGCAACACUCACUACCAAGUUCCAAACUGCCUCUGGAAGCAACGUCAGCACAACUGUUCAUCGGGAGCUUCAUGAAAUGGGUUUCCAUUGCCGAGCAGCCAAAGAUCACCAUGCACAAUGCCAAGCGUCAGCUGGAGUGGUGUAAAGCUCGCCCCCACUGGACUCUGGAGCAGUGGAAACACGUUCUCUGGAGUGAUGAAUCACGCUUCACCAUCUGGAAGUCUGCCAGGAGAACGCUACCUGCCCGAAUGCGUAGUGCCAACUGUAAAGUUUGGUGGAGGAGGAAUAAUGGUCUGGGGCUGUUUUUCAUGGUUCGGGCUAGGCCCCUUAGUUCCAUUGAAGGGAAAUCUUAAUGCUACAGCAUACAAUGACAUUCUCGACAAGUCUGUGCUUCCAACUUUGUGGCAACAGUUUGGGGAAGGCCCUUUCCUUUUUCAGCAUGACAAUGCCCUCGUGCACAAAGCGAAGUCCAUACAGAAAUGGUUUGUUGAGAUCGGUGUGGAAGAACUUGACUGGCCUGCACAGAGCCCUGACCUCAACCCUAUCAAACACCUUUGGGAUGAAUUGGAACUCUUACUGCGAGCCAGGCCUAAUUGCCCAACAUCAGUGCCCGACCUCGUUCAUGCUCUUGUGGCUGAAAUGGAAGCAAGUCCCCGCAGCAAUGUUCCAACAUCUAGUGGAAAGUCUUCCCAGAAGAGUGGAGGCUGUUAUAGCAGCAAAGGGGGGACCAACUCCAUAUUAAUGCCCAUAAUUUUGGAAUGAGAUGUUCGACGAGCAGGUGUCCACAUACUUUUGGUCAUGUAGUGUAUCAGAUAAAAUACAGUUGAUUAUUUUACCUGACUUUGAGCCAAAAUGUUGCUUUUGCCAAUAGGAUACAUGGUUUUGCCUGUUAUGACCUCUGCUUCCCUUCCUCUUGUUCUGUUGAUGUUCAGCACCACUGUCGGCGGUGUGGCCGGUGUUUCUGUGAUAAGUGCUGCAGUAAGAAGGUGGCUCUGCCGAGGAUGUGCUUCGUCGACCCAGUCCGGCAGUGUGGCGAAUGCAGCCUGGUCUCCCAGAAGGAAAUGGAGUUCUACGACAAACAGCUCAAAGUGCUUAUGGGAGGUGAGUUCAAAGGAAUGAAUCAAUGGUGUAAGGAGGACACCCAAACACACAGACCUGUCCAUGUUAACAUCUGUGUGUAUAGGGUGGUUUGUGAGCAGGGCUAGGCCUGAGGUGAUGCUGUCCUGCCCCGAUCUAUCCCUUUGUGUCGGUGCAGACCAGUGUAGUUAUAAAUAGGCCCUUCCACUCUGCUUCACUCAGCCAGGCCCAUAAUGAAAUAUCCAUUAGCAGCAUGGUGAGCUCCAGGGCAAGGGCUGGCUGCAGUGGCGGGGACCUAGAGAGAAAGCCUUGAAGCAUGUUGGACUAAUGGGGUCAUGUUAGCCAGAUAGCAUGAUCAAUCAAUGCUGUAUCCUUAGUAUAAUCUCUUGUGUACAGACUACGUAAACAACCAAAUUAAGACAGAUUUUAGUUCUGGGUUUACCAAGAUUAUCCAUUAGUACAACAACACCAAUGGACUGUAAGGUAUCUACAGUUGGAUGGAUUAUUAUAGAAUGAUUUUUGAUUGGCAUGCUUUUUUGAUUUGACUCACUGGUAACAUGACUUCUCUGUCAUACUCAGGUGGUUCAUUUAUUGUCACUUUGGGCACCUCAAAGAAGUCUGAGACCAUGAUGUGUCGUCUCUCCAACAACCACAGGUAUCGUGAGUGUUUUACAUUUUACACAGACACAAAGGGAAAAUAUAUAGUUAUUUAGGUUAAUGCUGGAAGGACAUAUACUGUAUCUGUGCUUUGAUAGAACCACUUUAGAAAAUGCACAUUUUCCAGUUGAAAGACUUUCAGUACAUCACUGUCUGACACCUCCUCUCUUGCUCUCUUUUUUCUCCCUCUCUCCUCUCUCCACUCAGGUAUCUUUUCUUUGAUGGGGAAAGCCAUUUUGAGGUGGAGCUGUCUCGGAUCUCCAGUAUGCAGGUGUUAACGGAGGAGUCCACCCCUGAAGGUAAGGCUCUGGAUCAGAUGUCCUCUGGUUGUUCGCUCAGCCUGGCUUGAUUGCUCUCAGUACAGAGGGCAGUAUGAUGACAGUACAGCAGCGAUACUGUGCAGCUCGUUGAAUGCUUAUUGAUUAAGAGACAUGGAUUCCGGUGGGUGGAGGAACUAGCUCCAUCUCCUCUUUAUGACCGGAAGUGUAAUCAUAAAUCCACAGUAAAAUUCUGUUGACUUUGUGUCUUUUCAUUGUAUUGAUUUGAAAGCCCUUAACUGAUAUAACAGCAUGGUAAGUAUACUGAGGUGGUGGUUGUGCCUGACUGUUUCCUCUCUGCUUUAAUAUUAACACACUCUCUCCCUCUCUCACUCUGCCUCUGGGCGGCCUGGCCCUUCUCCUUUUGGUCUUAGAGAAUGACAUUCACACUUACACCAGUCUGCUGGACAGUCAGUAUAUCUCUGAAGGUUAGCGCUGUUAUACUCCCUUGUCCCCCACUCUCCAUUAUUCCUCCUCAUCAUAAGUUCAUCUGCCUCCAGAGUUUGUGGCCCUGCUUUUGAUAAGGAUGCCUUUGUUAUCAUAGUACCGUACAUGCAUUUUAUAUCAGUGGUAGAACAAAGGCAACGUUCUUAAAAUCCGUGUCCCAUGCAUGCUUCCAUGGGGCAGAUCCCCAUGUACAUCCCAAGAUAGUGAGUGUGUUUUACUGUACCUUGCUUAACAACCUGGUCUCAGCAUUUCGUAUUAUUCUGUAUGGAAAUCCGAGACACUCCAUUUAGUAUUAUAUGUUACAUUUUGUAUGGUAUGUAUUCAUUUGUGGAUGUCCAUCACCCAUUUUGUAUGAUAUGUUACGAAUUACAAUUUGUAUUAAUAUGUUAUGAAUUUGUGAAACGUGCAAUAUGUUACGAAGUUGUAAAAUUUACAAUAUGUUACGAAUUUGCCAAACAUAUGAUAUGUUACGAAUUCUAGCUAGGUGGCUAAUGUUAGCUAGCUGGCUAACGUUAGCUAGGCUAGGGGUUAGGGUUAAGUUUAGGAGUUAGGUUAAAGUGUUAAGGAAAGGGUUAGCUGAAAGGCUUAGAGGAAGGGUUAGCUAACAUGCUAAGUAGUUGCAAAGUAGCAAAAAAGUAGUAAGUAGUUGAAAAGUUGCUAAAAUGCUCAAGUUGUACGUGAUGAGAUUUGAACUCGCACCUUUGGGUUGAUAGACGUUCAUGUUAUACACUCACCCACCCUAAGUAACAAUCUGUCUUAUGUAACCAUACAUUUACAUUUUAGUCAUUUAGCAGAUGCUCUUAUCCAGAGCGACUUACAGGUAGUGAGUGCAUACAUUUUUCGUACUCGCCCCCCGUGGGAAACGAAUAAACAACCCUGGUGUUGCAAGCGCCAUGCUCUACCAUUUACUAUGUUAUGUUAUGUCUAGUCUGAGACCAGGCUGUGUUUAACUGUGUGUGUUGGGUCCAGGGGGAAACUCCAGGGCCAGUGGCAUGUUGCUCCACUACAAACCCACUGGCUCUCAGGACCCCCAGCAGUUACGCAUGGAGGCAGCAGACGACAAGAAGACCGCCUCCUCAUGGCUGGCUGCUAUGCACAAGGUACACCACAUUUAACAGGCUGGCUUGUGUUUUAAUAGGAAUAUUAUAUUUGCUACUACUGGAAUUUAUGUUGUGAUAUCCAAGCUUCAGACCUGCCAUUGCGUACUGUGUGUGUAUAUGGUUUAAUAGUUAUUUUGAAUAGUUCUGCCUGUACUACGUCUCUGUUCCCUGACAGGCUGCCAAACUGCUGUAUGAAGCUCGGGACCAGUGACGCAUUGCUAAGAUGCCCAGAGACUGAGAGCGAUGGCACAGACCAAGUGUUUUCUUUCCUACCCUUCCGUCUCACAUUAUCUCUAAAUGCUGACAGUGCAUUUCAGUCACGCUCCAUUGAACUAUUUUGCCAACCACCCAUCUAAUGCUGCUAUUCAUGUAAUGCUAUCAUAGACAUAAGACACUUGGCAUAACCCUUUCCCUUCACCACCAUUCACGUGACAAAUGACCUUAAAAGCAUAAUGUGCUCUAUGACACAGUUCAAGUGAAGUUUCUUUGUACAUGCUGUCUAUACUCUGCUUUCAGUGCUGGCAAAUUUGGAUCCUUAGCCCUUCCUUAUGGAUCCACAGAUGAUUCACUGAUUCUAGUUACGUAAAUAUAUAUAUAUAUAUAUAUA